AUGAUUAAAGAUUGUAAUAGCUCAAACAUUUUAGAGUUUCAAUCGAACAAUAUAGUAGAAAUUAUCGAAAUAUUAUUUGAGCACACUAAAAAGAAACAGAUUCUGUAUGAAGCAUUGUUGAAAGAAAAGCAUGACAAAGCCAAUAGUUUGCCAGAAAAAAGCAAUGGAAAUUCAAACAAUUAUUCAACAAAACCAAAAUCUAUAUUAAAAAAGAAUUUUGAUGACAGUAAAAUAGAUAAGAAUAUAUAUGAAGGAAUAGAAAUGGAAUGCAGUUCGUGUAGCUGCAAGACGAUUAGAAUUAUUAUUACUCAGAAAGAAAACUUAUUAGACCAAUCUAAAGAGAAAAAGAAAGGAAAUCAGCAAAAUACUCAUACUAAAAAAUGUAUAUACUCAGCAAAUAAAAUGCAAAAUUAUGCUAAAAUUGAUAAUGAGACAGAUUUUCUGAAGCUGAACCUUGAUGAUAGUCAUUUGGUAUCAAAAUCACCAAAAAUUCAUCAACAGCCAAAAUCUGAAAGAAGAGAUUCUAAAAUCAAAGCAAGAAAUAUUAAAGGCUCUAUAAAAGGAACUAAUGAAAAGAAAAUUAAAAAACGAAGAAAUAGUCAGUCUCCUAAGCUUAAAGAAAUUGAUAAAAAUUUAAUUGACAUCGAAAAAAUGAAAGAAAAGCUAGAUCUAUCAAAUUGCUCUUAUGAAAAAAUAUCAUCUCAUAGUCCUUUGCUUCAUAGGUUUUCCUCUCCUUCUGGCAGCCAGAAAUGCCUUACUGAAAGGCAUCUUCUUAGAGAAAUGGAUAGAAAAUCAAAUGCGAAAAUUUUUGAGCCUAUACUUUCUGGAAGAUUAAAUAAUAGCUGAAAAACAAAUAAAUCAAUUGACGAUCCAAGGCUUCACACUCCAAGCCCCAAAUUUCGAUCUCUUUCAAACCAAGAAGCCAAUAAUAUCAUGGAAUCUAAAAUCAAAAAUAAAAUUCUUGAGAAAGAGCUUUCCCAAUCUCCAAAUUUGAGCAAAUUUAUCAGCCCAUAUUCAAAAGUUUGCUUUGAUUUGGACAAAAUUAAAUCUCAUGACUCAAGAGAGCCAACACAAAAAAUUAUCGAGAAUCCUGAUUUUUCAGAAAAUAGCGCAACAAGCCCUAGCAGCAGCGAAUUUGAAGCACAAAAUAAAAUAAUUAAGCCUCAGCAUAUUGCAAGUUUAGGAUGCAAGCAGGCACGUCAGCCAAGUUUUGGAUGCCUAUGUGAGGAUUUUUUGAAAAUUGAAUCUCCUAAUGUACAGAGUUCAAUUGAAACUGAAAAUCAAGAAAGGAAAAUGCAAAAUCAGGAAAUCAGUACUGAAAUAGAUGAGAAAUUUUCUAUUAACGAUAAAUUAAGAGAGCUAUCAAUUCUAUUGUCAGAUGAAAAGACAAUCAAAGGAUUACGAUUCCUAGGGAAUAAUCCUCAAUAUUUCGAAGUUCAAAAUAUAGGAAAAAUUUUGAGUUUAAUUAAAUAG